GUCAGAUUAAAGACGUUGAUCGUUGAGUAGCUUCUUUGGUAAUUUUGCUUAUCUUCCGACUGUGAUACUAAACCACUUUAGAUUAUUUCAUAUCUUUCAUAUCGGACGUAUAUUUUUUAUCUUUACUGCACUUCCAAGAGCUUUUGAAAUUGAUUUAAAAUUACUUUACUUCUUGUCGUUUCCGACGAAAGAUCUGGAAAAAAAUCAUGGCCUCUUCUAAUCAUAUUGCCAUUCUCAGUGUAUCUGAUAAGACAGGACUUAUUCCAUUUGCUAAAAAAUUAGCAUCUGCUGGUUUGAACUUAGUUGCUUCAGGUGGAACUGCAAAAGCCUUGAGAGAUGCAGGCCUUCAAAUCAGAGAUGUUUCCGAUUUGACUGGUGCACCUGAGAUGCUUGGUGGCAGAGUGAAAACCUUACAUCCUGCUGUGCAUGCUGGUAUUUUAUCUACUAAGUCGGAACAUGAUCGAGCUGAUAUGAAAAAGCGAGGCUAUGAUUUUGUAAGUGUUGUUGUCUGCAAUCUAUAUCCUUUUGUUCAAACUGUUUCAAAACCAAAUGUAACUGUUGCUGAUGCUGUUGAGAAUAUUGAUAUUGGUGGAGUGACGUUGCUUCGAGCUGCUGCAAAGAAUCAUGAUCGUGUCCUUAUAAUUUGUGAUCCAUCAGAUUACAAUGUGGUUACUGAUGUUAUUGAGAAAAGUGGAGAUUCAAAAGCUUUGGAUGUUCUGCUAAAUGAAGAAUCCCUAGAUUUAAGGAGAAAAUUAGCUCUAAAAGCUUUCAACCACACUGCUGAAUAUGACACAGCAAUUUCCAAUUAUUUCCGAGGUGAAUUCAGCCAAGGUGUUUCUCAGUUAACUUUGAGGUAUGGAAUGAAUCCUCAUCAAAAGCCAGCCCAAGUUUAUACAACUGGACCUAAGUUACCUUUCAGUGUUCUGAAUGGAUCACCUGGCUUCAUCAACUUUUGUGAUGCUCUCAAUGCUUGGCAGUUGGUUACUGAACUGAAACAGAACUUAGACCUUCCAGCUGCAGCUUCUUUUAAACACGUGAGUCCAGCGGGAGCAGCUGUUGCUGUACCCUUGACAUAUGAAGAAUCAAAAGUCUGCAUGGUUGAUGAUUUGUAUGAAAAUCUAUCACCUUUAGCUACUGCAUAUGCAAGAGCAAGAGGUGCUGAUAGAAUGUCAUCGUUUGGAGAUUUUGUUGCUUUGUCUGAUAUUUGUGAUGCAGUAACAGCAAAAAUAAUUUCUAGAGAAGUAUCUGAUGGAAUAAUUGCCCCUGGUUAUGAGCCUGCUGCUCUAGAAAUCUUGAAAAAGAAGAAGAAUGGCGGUUACUGUGUAUUACAGAUGGACCCAACCUAUAAACCAUCUGAUUUAGAAGUUCGAACUCUCUUUGGCCUUAAUCUUUCUCAGAAGAGGAAUGAUGCUGUGAUUGAUAAGAAUUUAUUCACCAAUAUUAUUUCUAAAAACAAGACACUUUCGGCUGAUGGUGUUCGUGAUUUGAUAGUGGCAACCACAGCAGUGAAAUACACUCAAUCCAAUUCAGUCUGUUAUGCAAAGAAUGGCCAGGUGAUAGGUACUGGUGCUGGACAGCAAUCUCGUAUUCAUUGCACCAGAUUAGCUGGCGAUAAAGCUAAUAUUUGGUGGUUGCGUCAUCACCCAAAAGUCUUAGGUAUGCAGUUCCAAAAAGGUGUCAAACGUGCUGAAAUUUCGAACAUCAUUGAUGUUUUUGUCAGUGGCACAAUUGGAAAAGAUAUGCCCUUGGAACAAUUCCAGAAUUCUCUUGUAAAUCCUCCUACUCCUCUUACUGAAGCUGAAAAAGCUGACUGGAUCAAACAAUUAAAUGGAGUGGCUUUAAGCUCAGAUGCAUUUUUCCCUUUUAGAGAUAAUAUUGAUCGAGCACAUCAAAGUGGUGUUUCAUACGUGGUUAGCCCUGGUGGUUCAACUAAUGAUGAAUGUGUGAUAACUGCUUGUGACGAAUAUGGAAUGGUAUUGAUUCACACUAACUUACGAUUGUUCCAUCAUUAAAUUCUGAUGUUUUUGAAAUAACUAUUCCAUUAUAUCUUAACAGUUCCUACUGCAUUGUUAAAGAACUUUCUACCAGCUUUAUCUGAGAAUUUUUUUACUACAAAAAAUUUUAUAACAGUGUUUUUUCUUAAAAUAUAUAAAAUUUAUUUUUGUUAAUAAAAUAUCAUUGUGUUAAA